GUGCGGCUAGCAGCUAGCUAGCUACGCAGUAGCAAUUCGGAUUCGGGCAGCUAGUUUAAACAGUGGACCAAUGCCUUAACAACCGAUUUUCCUUGGCUUCCCCCAAAAUACGAACGCUGUCCUUUAGUACGAGUGGACGCCGUUCUUCACCAAACAACUGAAUCGCCGAUCUUAGAUUUACAUUUUUAUGUCCGUUUCGGCCAAAGCUAGCCAAGUGGCUAACGAUCGCAGCCCCCAAUAUGAAGAAAGCAGAAACUGGGUCUGAUCAGGACGCUGCAGAGCUUCCAGUCGUGUAACAGCACCCUGUACUCCCCUCGACUCCUCCAGCCUAGACACGGUCGACUACUCCUAGCCCGAUCAUGGCCUCUUGUCCGAGGAACUCAGUGCGCAUCCUGUCCAGGCGGGAGCGUGGCUGGCAGACGUGCGGCUCACAGCGCCUCCUCCAGCUGCUGGUGGAAGAGAAGGUGCGCUCGAUGAAGUGGCAGAGUCAGAAAGUGGAGCUACCCGACAGCCCGAGAUCCACCUUCUUGUUGGCCUUCAGUCCUGACCGGACCCUCAUGGCCUCCACACACGUCAACCACAACAUUUACAUCACGGAAGUCAAGACUGGAAAGUGCCUCCAUUCUCUGGUGGGCCACCGUAGAACCCCCUGGUGUGUGACCUUUCAUCCCACCAUUCCUGGCCUGGUGGCCUCCGGGUGCCUUGAUGGUGAAGUUCGCAUCUGGGACUUGCAUGGCGGUAGCGAGAGCUGGUACACUGACAGCAAUGUGGCCAUUGCCUCUCUGGCCUUCCACCCGACCGCACAGCUCCUCCUCAUCGCCACCAACAACGAGCUGCACUUCUGGGAUUGGAGCCGACCAGAACCGUUUGCCGCCGUCAAGACGGGCAGCGAUGCCGAGCGAGUGAGGUUGGUGAGGUUUGACCCGCUAGGUCACAACCUGUUGACGGCCAUUGUCAAUCCGUCCAAUCAGCAGAAUGAGGAUGAAGCUGAUGUUCCCAUGGAUAGUGUGGAGAUGCCCCACUUUCGCCAGCGUUCCUUCUUGCCUCAGCCCGUUCGCCGCACUCCCAUCCUCCACAACUUCCUGCACAUACUCUCUUCCCGCUCCUCGGGAACGCAGGGCCCGGGGGAGUCGCCCCGCCCUCCCAACGACAAUGUGGCUCAUACAGGGGAGUCUCCUGGCACCCCCCUUGCCCCGUUUCCCAACACGGAGCGUGGGCCUUCCUUCCUCGGCUGCACCCGCUUCCUGGGCAUGGUGUGCAUGUGCAGUCAGUGCUCGACCAAUCCUGGCCCCUUGCUGGCGGGUACUGCUUCUACCGGGGCGCCGUUGUCCGACCCUGCCCAGCCCCCCACCUCAUCAUCCUUCUCGUCAGCCCGCACAGAGCCCAGGCAGCCAUCAGAACGCCCCUCAGCCUUUACCUCGGUCUACUACAGUGCCGCCACUUCUCUCAAUGCUCCGCCUCCUGGUGGCAUGGAGCCGAACUCCACCCCCAGACCAGGACCAGACUGGACUCAUGAUUUGCUCAGCAUGAGGGACGGAGGAGUUGGCCCAGGGAUGCUGCCCCCCAGAACCUCCUCCUCUUCCUCGGUCAGCCUCCUGUCGGUUCUGCGUCGGCAGGAUGGCUCCUCCCACUCCCCAGUGUACACCUCCGCUAGUGAUGGGCGGGGCUUCCCCCAACAGGGAGAGGCCGGGUCUCGAGACGGAGCCAACACCAGCAGCGGUCACCACCCCUUCUGGGAUGGUGCCCGCAGCAACCCUGCCUCCUUUCGUAACGUCUUGCGGUGCAACCUGAGCCGCUACUUUCUGGAGUUUGAUCGCAUGCAGGACCUGGAGCCACCAUUGGGGGGUGUUGGCAGAAUGGGGGAGGGAAACCAGGAGCAGAGCCAGGAGUUGUUGAACAACAAUGUAGACUCGGACCGUGCUGGACCCUCGUCAUCCCCCACUAUCAUCCAUUACCAGCCUCCCCUCCCUCCUCCUCCCUCUACACCCCACCCCACCAUGGAGAACAAUGCCACUUCCCCCAGCUCCCACGGCCACCUGAACCGCUGCCGGGCGUGUCACAACCUGCUGACCUUUAAUCACGACUCCCAGCGCUGGGAGCGCACCAACCAGACUUCCUCCACCUCCUCCUCCAACAUCCAGCCCUCCUCCUCCUCUCCCUCUUCGUCCUCUCCAGCCUGGCAAGAAGAUGCCGGAAGGAGUGCGAUGGAUGGGCAAAUGCAGGCCAUAAGGGGACCUCUGGAGAGUGAACAGCGCCCUCUACCUGCUGGUGGAGGGGUAUCAGCAGUGGCCUUCCCCCUGGUUUCGUCGUCCGGCCAACCUGCAGAGCAGACCGUGGGUCUGAUGUACAACCAAGACACGGCCCAGUGGGAGAGGGUGUACCGACAGGCUUCUCCGGCUCGACCCCCUGAUGCCCCGGAGGCCUUAAACCAUGAAAUGCCUGUGGACCCCCCCGACGAAGACUCCCUCCGGAGGAGACUUUUAGAAUCUUCCCUUAUGUCUCGCUAUGAUAUGACCGGAUCUAGAGACCACCCAAUCUACCCCGACCCAGCCAGGCUCUCCCCUGCAGCGUACUAUGCCCAGAGAAUGAUCCAGUAUUUGUCCAGGCGGGAUAGCAUUCGUCAGCGUUCUCCUCGCUACCAACAGAACCGCCAGCGGGCCAUGUCUUCAUCUUCUGAUGGACCGUCCAGUAAUGCGUCCAACUCUAUAGACAACACUGACGUGGACUUUGAUGAGCUGGACGAUAAUGGUGUACGAGCGCGGCACAGUACUCCCCGAAAUGCCAGAAUGUCAGCGCCAUCGUUGGGUCGCUUUGUUCCAAGGCGUUUCCAUCUUCCCGAGUACCUGCCCUAUGCCGGAAUCUUCAAUGAGAGAGGCCAGCCGGGCCUGGCCACACACACGUCUGUCAACAGGGUGUUGGCUGGUGCGUCUAUUGGUGAUGGGCAGUCUGCGGUGGCCAGCAACAUCGCCAACACCACCUACCGCCUGCAGUGGUGGGACUUCACCAAGUUUGACCUGCCGGAGAUCAGCAACGCUUCCGUCAACGUUCUGGUGCCAAACUGUAAGAUCUACAACGACGCUAGCUGUGACAUCUCUGCCGAUGGCCAGCUGCUGGCCGUUUUCAUCCCCAGCAGUCAGCGGGGUUUUCCCGACGAGGGCAUCCUGGCCAUCUACUCUCUGGCCCCCCACAACCUCGGGGAGAUGCUCUACACCAAAAGAUUUGGUCCUAAUGCUAUUUCAGUUAGCUUGUCACCGCUGGGCUGCUAUGUGAUGGUAGGCCUAGCCUCUCGCAGGAUCCUGCUGCAUCCCACCACCGACCACAUGGUGGCGCAAGUCUUCCGUCUGCAGCAGCCGCAUGGAGGAGAGACGUCCAUCAGGAUGGUCUUCAACGUGGUUUACCCCAUGGCUCCAGACCAGCGGCGCCAUGUCAGCAUCAAUUCCGCUCGCUGGCUUCCUGAUCCUGGGAUGGGUCUGGCGUACGGAACCAACAAAGGGGACCUGGUCAUCUGCCGCCCUGUAUUUUACCGCAGUGAUGGCGAGAGUCCUGCUGAGUCCAGCACAGAACCUUUGUUCUCUGUCAACAAUGGUGGCAGCAGCCGGACCCGCGGUUCUGAACGACCCGGGCCCAGUCGAACAGGAUGGAGAUUGGACCGGGACAUGGGGUUGAUGAACGCCAUAGGUCUUCAGCCCAGAAACCCCGCUCCUUCUGUGACAUCUCAAGGAACGCAGACGCCUGUGGUCCAGCUGCAGAAUGCUGAGACUCAAACGGAGAUUGCGGAACCUGGACCCUCGCAGCUACAACCUGCGCCACCUUCGCUCAGUGGUCAAGCGGCGGACUGCCAAAUUGAGUCUCAGAGCAUCCAAGGUGCGGAUGGCGGUCAUGUUGAAGCCUCAACAGAAGUUCCAACAAGCACAGGUACGCCGUCAGGAGGGAAGUGUCACAUUUUCAUAUUAGCGACUGGAACUUGUCUGUUACGUGUUGUCACGUGUCCAGGCGAGCUUCCAGAGGGGGGAAGUUCAAGUGAGGAUGCCCUGGCUCGAAUCCGCCGGCUGAUCGCAGAAGGUGGCAUGACGGCGGUGGUGCAGCGGGAGCAGAGCACCACCAUGGCGUCUAUGGGUGGUUUCGGGAACAACAUCAUCGUCAGUCAUCGAAUCCACCGUGGAUCGCAGACCAGCACAAGGACCUCCAGGCCUGCCUCCAACCCCAGUUCCUCCUCCUUAGGGUCAGUCCUUGUCAACCACCCGCAGACUGAGCCCCCGGCCGCAGCCCUCCUGUGGGGCCCCCAGCCGCCCUCUGGCCUGGUCCUCCCCGACGAUGCGGAUGACGUUUUUGAAGGAGGAAGAGCGGAUGAUGACUCUCUACCAGGCCCCUCCUCAUCCUCCCCACUCAUGUCUUCCCCCUCCCAUCACAGCAGUGGCGCCGGCCCCAACAGUUACCAUGGUGGCCCCUACAGUAGGUAGUUGUCCCGUUGGACGAGAAGAGAUGUGAGUGAAAGGUGCUGCUCGGACUUCAGUGGUGUCGGCGUUGCACUGAAGCGCCAACAUUCCUCGCCGCAAAAGGGCUCCCGCUCGAACGAGUGCCGACUCGGACCCAGACUCCUAUAAUAAAGUGCCAUGUCGCCAGCCAUUUGGUGUCAUGUGACCUCGCUGCCGUGUGACGUGAAUCAGCACUUGUGUGUGCGUGCGUGCAUUUUUGUACCAUGUGAUCUUUGAUACAUGCGGGAGGAGGCGGGAAUCCGCCGCUGUCAAUCGUGACGACUGAAGCUCCUCUAAUGCUGCAGUUCAUCAAACUGAACCCCCCUCCCCUGCAUCCUGUGCGUGUGUGUGUGUGUGCGUGUGUGUGCGCGCGUGCUUGUGGCAGCUGCUUGUUGACUUAAUUUAUUUGAGCAAAUGAAGACAAAAAUAGAAGCAGACCACGUGAUCGCUUUAUUACUAAUCUUUAUUUGUAGUAGUCGCUCCGUGGUUGCCGCCAAUCAUGUGGAAACAUUCCUGGUGCUGGGAAUGUUGUGAUUCGUUACAUCGUCACCAUUUAAGCAGUUCAUCACCAGUUAGUAGAGUGAUGUGAGAGUAAGCCCUGCCCCCUCUCUUCCCAUGACUGGACUCCUUCAAAAUAAAACUUGAACUGUUUCCUGUUGACUGCACAGGUGCCGCUUUUACGUUUCCUCUUUUUAAGUCAGAGUGCGUGUUGCCGUGUAUGCACACGCGCGCGCGCAUGUGUGUGUGUGUGUGUGUGUGUGUGUGUGUGUGUGUGUGUGUGUGUGUGUGUGUGUGUGUGUGUGUAAUGGACUUCUAGAAGUGCAGUGACUUGUGAUUGUGCAGGUCACAAGUGUCAUUUUCAUGGCGACCUGGCCAAGCUCCUCCUGGCUUUACUUGAUUCGUCAACACUGAACACUCUCCUCACGGCACCGCCACCCGCCAUCAUUCUUUGCUUUGACUUUUAGAUGUGAUGUCAUUAAAGAACAUUGAG